AUGAGUUUAGGGCCACAAGGAUACGACCCUAGGACAGCUCAUCCAAUGUAUCGCGGUUCCCCACUCCCAUCGCCACAACUCCAGCCAUAUAAUCCCCAAGCAAUAGCUGAUACCACGCGAGGAGCAAGAGCAGCGCCACCAGCCCAUUCCCAACAUGCCGGACCAUCGACAGCCACAACAAGCAGCGCUGCCGAUACCGAUCGCGAUUAUGUCGACGACGACUACGAAGAUAAACGGAGACGGAAUACAGCCGCCUCAGCCCGCUUUCGCAUCAAGAAGAAAAUGAGGGGUCUGGAGCUCGAGCGGUCGGUAUCUGACUUGACUGGCCGCGCAGAAGAGCUGGAACGAGAGGCCGCUGAUUUGCGACGAGAGAAUGGUUGGCUUAAAGAAAUCGUGAUGUUGAAGGGCGGUCAUUUGUCAGGAAUUGAUUUAUCCGGAGGGAUGGCCCAGCAACGUUCACAGGAGAAGAGACGGGAAGAGGCCCAGGAAGAGUCGGAAUCUGAGUCAGAGAAAGAGCAUAGCGGGAAAGAUAGAAAGGGCAAAGGCAAAGCAUCCAGCAAGAAGAAGUGA